UUCUGAAGAAAUGGAAUUAAAUGGACACGAAAGAGGUCUAAGAUGUUUGACGGCGCGGCGCACAUGUGACACUUGAAGCAUAAGACCAGGCGAUGCAGCUUCGAGACGAGCGGAGUAUGCGGUAGAAAUACAAAGGAGCGCGGAUGUUCAAGGAUUGGGACAUGUCCGGCACGAAUGGUGUCUUGGACGUCCGCCAAUGCGCGCAAUAUCGUUUUAUGUCCGAUAUUGCUCAGAGAUUCUGACAGGGUUUUACAGGGUCGAUCGGACGGAACCAGAGGUAUCGCCAGGCACGAUGUAUUUUCGAUCACCGCCUGCGAGUUCACGACAGGACAUUGCGCCUUGGGAGGCGACUGAUGCCCCAGACAGCCAACGGAAUGAUUCCUCCAUCGACACACCCACGGCUCUAUCUCAUACCAGUACUCAAUGGCCCGAGAAUCUCCGACCCUCGCAAAUGCCAUCCUCAAUUUUCGACAAUGAUUUUUACAACGAUUCGAGCGAAAAUCUGGAUCAAGUUUCCCCCGGCUUCGCGCCGGAUCGCGGCAUGACAUUCCCUGGCGAGGCUGAUCACAGACGACCGUCAGUGGCAAGCAAUAUGACCAUCUCGUCUAAUGGAUCCAUGGGUAGUCGGCGGGACAGAAUGCACAAGAAACUUCAAGGUAUUUUCGGUGAAGAGUUUCCCGGCGUCGAUGAUGCGAACAGUAGGCAAGGUUCGGAAACGAGUUCGUUGCAGGGAGGGGGUAGCCUGGCAUCAUUUCUCCCGAAUGUGCUUGCACGAGGUCGAAACAAUUCCAUGAAUGAUGCAUUGAGACGCAGUAGACCAGGGAGUCCUUCGCUUGUGUCGCGACCCCGAACUCCCGCCCCUGCACCCAGCAGCGAAGUGACGCCUUGGGAAUUUCAGGAUGCUACGGACGCGCCCGCUCUUCCUGGGACGUCCUUACCUCAGGAUGCGAGCAAUGGGCGAGCGAAAAGCUCGACUUCCCGAUUGCACCUUCCUAGUCACCGUGCUAACCGCAGUGUUGACGAGAAGCAUGGCGGGAUCGGGUUCCCGCUUCGACCCACGACCAGCAGAGAAAAUACGAGCGGUGUUGCACGGCGCGAUAAUGUCUCCGCCAUGAGCUCUGCCAUUAACUUACGUUCUCAACGAUCAACCAGCCCAGCGCCGAGUGCUCAGAGCACUGUGAGCGCUCAGCAGAACGUACAGCGGUCACCGAUUACGACCCAACCCAAAAGAUCGCUAUUGGAUCGCCUCACCCAUCGUCACAAGAACGAUAAAUCUGCGAGCGAUGCUCUGCAAUCGCCGUCCCUCACAUCUCUCAACGCCCCGCCCGUUGGUCGGCGUGAGCAUGGUCGAUCGUUUUCGAAGCCUAACAAGAGCAAAGUCGACGGUCCUAACGAUGCUAGCACGCCGAGAAAGGAAAGCCGGCUGCCUUUCAAAAACAAGCGUCAUGAGGCUUUGCCCGAAGGUGCCAAAGGGUCGAAAAAUCCCAACGAAGCAGACACGGACGAUCAGAAUGCGCCAUUCUAUCUCGACACUGAUACCACGAAUAUGGAAGGCAUCGUUGAUGAUCGGCGGCCUCUGAUGACGCCACCACUUGGGGAAAUUUACGGAGGUUGGCCUGCUGAACAGGAUACGCCAGUCGAAGUUGUCAAUGAUGAGACUGGAACAUGGGAUGCUCCAGAAAGUUGGCUCACAAACCGGAACAAGCCCAGUGACGACACAGCACGGCGGCCUACUGAAAACGACGACGACCAGGAGCACGACCAAGAGGAGGACUCUGGCCCCAUGUACUUCAUGCGGAUUUUGCGAGCUGACAGUACAUUCGCUGUGAUUAACGCCAGUCUCAAUACCACCGUUGCAGAGCUGAUUUCUAUCAUGGCCAAGAAAACUUUCUUCCACGAUGAUCUGGACAAAUAUCACAUAGUCCUACGCAAACAGGACACGAGCCGGCAGCUUGGACCGAAAGAGAAGCCAUUGCUUAUCCAAAAACAAUUGCUGAUGAUGGCAGGCUAUCAGGAGAAUGACGAUCUCGACGACGUUGGGCGGGAAGACCAUGGCUAUCUUUGCCGCUUCACUUUCCUCCCAUCCAAGAUGAGCGGAUAUUCUAGCCUCGAGCGAGAUCCCGAUUUUGACCGCAACUACCGCUUCACUCACGUUGACUUGGCUGGCCGAAAUCUUAUCACCAUUCCCAUUGCCCUUUACGUGAAGGCUAGCGAAAUCAACACGUUGAACUUGUCCCGGAAUUUGACUCUCGACAUUCCUAAAGACUUCAUACAAAGUUGUUCACAGCUUCGCGAGAUCAGAUAUACCAGUAACGAAGCGGAAAAGCUAUCACCUAACCUGGCCUUUGCAACACGGCUCCAAAGUCUUGAUGUCUCGAACAAUCAGUUGGAGGAAUUAGAUCAUGCCGAGCUUUACAAACUCCAUAAUCUACUAAGCUUGAGGCUCUCCAACAACAAGCUCAGAAGUGUACCCGCUUACUUUGGAUCCUUCCGAGCACUUCGAAGUCUGAACCUUUCGUCAAACUCCCUUGACACCUUUCCGGAAACGUUGCGAGAUCUAGCGACUUUGAAAGACCUGGACAUAAGCUUCAACUCGAUCUCCAACCUCGGCAACAUAGGCACUCUCGUCAAUCUCGAAAGACUCCUAGCUACGAACAACAAGUUGUCAGGUCCACUUGACGAGUCCUUGAGCAAUCUCACAAGCCUCCGAGAGAUCGACGCCCGUUUCAAUGCUAUAACCAAUAUAGAUGUUGUCUCGCAACUUCCAUGUCUGGAAACGCUUUUGCUAGGACACAACUCAAUCUCACAAUUCGAGGGGUUCUUUCAUUGUCUGGAAGUCCUUUUCCUCAAUCACAAUCCGGUGACCAAGUUUGAUUUGACCGCUCCCGUGCCGUCUUUGUCGAUCCUGAACCUCGCAUCGGCGAAAUUAUCACAAUUGCCCGAUGCGUUGUUUGCGAAGAUGGCCGGACUCACGAAGUUGACCAUCAACAAGAACCAUUUCGUGUCUCUGUCACCGCAAUUCGGAGCCCUCUCUAAACUGGAAUACUUGAGUGUUUUCAAAAAUGAGUUGAGCAGAUUGCCGCCGGAGAUUGGUAGACUAACCGAGCUGCGUUAUCUCGAUGUGCACGAGAAUAAUCUCAGCAUUUUGCCGCCAGAGAUUUGGCUUGCACGUAAAUUGGAGACCUUGAACGUAUCCUCCAACGUGCUUGCCGAGUUUCCAAAGCCUGGCGCCAACUUACCUGCUCUGCCAGAAACUGCAUCAGUUGCACAAACCCCCAGCGUUGGUUCCGGGCCUGAUUUCGAAGAACUGGGUAAACUCGAGGACUUCCAGCUACGGCGCCCCAGCCAAGCCUCUGGCAUGAUUAGCAAUGCGAGCUCGCCAGGCACCGUAUCUAGAAAAGGCUCUGUCGUCUCAUACAGCUCGGCCAAGCCCGUUGGCAUCAAUCGCGCUGCGACGGCGAGUACAAUCAACACUAUGGUACCGGCUUCCCGAAAGGACUCCACCUUGUCCGGCAGGCUUGCAGCUACCUUCGCAUCGUCUCUACGUAACCUCUAUCUGGCCGAAAACCGCCUGGAAGACGAUGUGUUUAAUGAGCUGGUACUUCUGCCGGAGCUCCGCAUCCUCAAUUUGUCCUUCAAUCAGCUCUACGACGUACCGCCUCGGACGAUCCGUAGAUGGACAAACCUCACGCAGCUGUAUCUUUCCGGAAAUGACCUGACUUCGAUUCCUUCCGAAGAUCUCGAGGAGACGUCAGUGUUGAGGGUUUUGCAUAUCAACAACAACAAAUUCCAGAAUCUACCUGCAGAACUUGGCAACCUACAUCGCUUGGCCAUUCUCGAUGUCGGCAGUAACAUGCUCAAAUACAAUGUCUCAAAUUGGCCGUACGAUUGGAACUGGAACUACAAUCGCCAGCUACGAUUUCUGAACUUCUCCGGGAACAAACGACUUGAAAUCAAACCUGCUGUUUCGGCGAUGGCUGGACGGGACAAUCGUGACUUGACGGACUUUUCCUCUUUGUCAAAUCUGCGUAUUCUCGGUCUUAUGGACGUAACUCUCACCAUUCCUUCUGUGCCCGACCAAGCUCCUGAUCGACGAGUCAGGCUGGCUGGCUCCGUUAUCGGAAAUUCAAUGCCAUAUGGUAUGGCUGACACUCUGGGUCGCAACGAACACCUAUCGACCCUUGAUAUGGUCGUGCCAAGUUUCCGCGGUCGCGAGAAUGAGGCUCUGAUCGGUCUGUUUGAUGGACAAGUUCUCACUUCAGGAGGCAACAGAGUCGCAAAGUUUCUACAUGAAAAAUUCAAGUACUACUUCAGCGAAGAAUUGCAGAAGACAGAGCUAAAUCCGUCAGAGACGCCAUUGGAUGCCCUUCGCCGGACGUAUCUCGGCCUGAACAAGGAAUUGGCCACGACAGCGACCCAAGCACUGGAUGCCCGCAAUCAAGCAAACGGGACCAUUGUCCAUCGCGGAAGCGUUUCAGGUAUCGAGCUGACUGACAAUGAUCUCAAUUCGGGAAGUGUGGCGACCGUAAUCUACGUGCUAAACACAAAGCUCUAUAUAUCGAACGUUGGUGACGCUCAGGCUCUGCUGAUCCAGACCGAAGCAGGACACCGGGAGAUCACUCGAAAGCACGACCCUGCCAGUGCAGACGAACGUCAACGUAUUCGUGAAGCAGGCGGGUUCGUAUCCAGACAGGGAAAGCUGAACGACCAACUGGAUGUUUCGCGCGCUUUUGGCUACGCUCAUCUUGCUCCAUGCGUGAUCGCCGCGCCGCAUGUGACCAUGCACGACAUCACCGAGUCUGAUGAGAUGAUUCUGAUUGCGUCCAAAGAAUUAUGGGACUAUCUGACUCCGGAUUUCGCGGUUGAUGUUGCCCGGCAGGAGCGGAACGAUGCCAUGCGAGCUGCGCAAAGAUUACGAGAUAUCGCAAUUGCUUUUGGUGCCCCCGGCAAGAUCAUGGUGAUGGUCAUCGGCAUAAGUGAUCUUCGCAAGCGCGAGAAGGCGCGCUACAGAACUUCUAGCAUGAGUAUUCUGGGUCCGUCCGUCUCAACUGACGACUAUUUCGCCACUGUCCGGAAAGCAAAACGUGGCCGGGAUGCCGUUGGCGACUCCAAGUUGGCCCGUCUCAAAGAUGAAGUCGAUGCGCCGACGGGAGACGUUGUACUCGUCUUCACAGAUAUCAAGAACAGUACGAUCUUGUGGGAGACAUACCAAGUUGCCAUGCAAUCCGCCAUCAAGAUGCACAACGAGCUUAUGCGUCGGCAACUACGAGUCAUCGGCGGUUACGAAGUGAAGACGGAAGGUGAUGCCUUCAUGGUCGCAUUCCCAACUGUCACGAGUGCGCUUUUGUGGUGCUUCAAAAUCCAGAGCGAGCUUCUGGAAGUAGAGUGGCCUCAAGAAAUUCUAUCAAGCGUGCACGGUGAGGAGAUGAUUGAUGCUGAAGGCGGCAGGAUCUUCCGCGGUCUGAGCGUUCGUAUGGGUAUCCACUGGGGACGACCUGUCUGCGAAAUCGACCCUGUCACGAAACGCAUGGACUAUUUCGGUCCGAUGGUGAAUCGUGCAGCAAGAAUCGAAAGCGUCGCUGAUGGCGGCCAAAUUUGUGUCUCGUCAGAUUUCCUCACGGAAACCAUGAAGACUCUUGAGAGCAACAUUGAGUCCGAUCGAAAUGGAUCCACGGGCUCGGAAGAAACUCUGAACGAUGAUAUUGUCAGCCAAAGCAUUCGUCGCGAUCUGCAAGAGCUGAGCCGUAUCGGAUUUGAGGUCAAAGAUCUCGGCUAUCGGACACUUAAGGGCCUGGAAAAUCCGGAACAUGUCCACCUAAUGUAUCCGCAUUCGUUGGCAUCUCGUCUCAUUGUGCAACAACAAAGAGCAGAGGCGCAAUCGCGUGCCCAGCCUGGACCCGGACACGAUGCCAUGAAGAGUCCGAACAGUCAGCUGACAAUCGACACGAAUAACGUAUGGGAUCUUUGGAACGUUAGUCUGCGCCUGGAAAUCCUCUGCAGCACCCUUGAAAAUACCGGUGCCCGGACAUUGAAAGCCCCAGACACGGCUCUCAUCGAGCGCAUGAAACAUGGCGGCGGCGAGAUCACAGAUCGGUUUCUCAUCAAUCUGGUCGAGCACCAGAUCAGCAGGAUCGAGGUAUGUGGAUGAAGAUGUGUAUUCUCGCGUAGUGACCUACGGCUGACGCGAUCAACAGACUUGUAUCUCUACGCUUACGAUGCGUAAUAUGAUGCGACCUUUCAAGAACGGCAUGCUAAAUCAAGCAUGCCCGAUGGCGGAAAUCUUUUCCGAACUUACGACGCAACUUAAUGAACUGAAAACUUUGCAGGCCAAGAACAAAGACACGUCCUAACCGCAUGGCCUGCAGUGUG